AUGCAGAAAUUCCUUCAAACGGAGUCCACUGAAGAAGCUUUUACAUUAUCAGAUGUAAUUUUUUGUCUACAAGUUAGUAUUGCACUUAAGCUUCAUUCUUCAGUCAAUUUCCUUCAUUUAAUCGUUGCACUAACAUUAAAUUUAGAUCUAAAUUUACAGAAUCAGCUGUAUCAAUGUCGGUUGCAAGUUCAAGCUCACGUUUUUGCACAACAUGCGCAAGUACUGGUAAUGCAAUCACAUAUACAAGAACACAUGGCUGACUGCCUAGAAUUACGUUUUCUUCGCAAAAUUAACGAACUCAGAUACGUCCACUUCCUAGUAGGUAAAGUGUACUGA